AUGGAAAAUAGCAUGGAGGUGCGCGAGAUCAAGGACGACGUCCGAGAAUUAAGGCGCUUGAUGGAGUUGUACUUUUCCAGCAAGGAAAGGAACCCGGAAGGGGCUGCAACCACAACCGGCCGCCGACCAGACAUGGGAUCCGAUGCCGUCGAGGAUUCCAUCGAUGAGAGUUCAAAGAAGAAUAAGAGCACCUACUCCAAGGUCGUCAUCGCUAACCUCAACGUCGACCCUCCCGAAAGCGACGAUGAUGACUAUGCCUCCAUCGAUUCUCCUGAUUCCACCAGGAGCAUUAAGGAAGAAAAUUGUGGGGAGAAAAGUACCUCAGUAUGUAAAGACGCUGUGGUUGAUGCCACAGAAGGAGAAGCUAAACGGUUAAAUAAACUGGGGAAGUGUCGUUCAAGAAUUAACAAGGGCAAAUGUUCUCUUGAAUGUGGGCCUGAUACGGAUUCCGAUCAACACUGUCAAGGGGCUCUAGCAUCCCGUGAGGAAAAUGUUAGUAACCUUAAAACUGGUUUGCUUCAUGUUGCAAGGAAGAUGCCUAAAAAUGGCCAUGCACAUUUUAUACUUGGCCUAAUGUAUCAGAGGUUGGGUCAGCCACAAAAGGCAGUGUCAGCAUAUGAAAAGGCAGCAAAAAUAUUACUUCGGAGUGAGGAAGAGAUUGACAGGCCUGAGUUACUUUCUUUGGUUCAAAUUCAUCAUGCACAGUGCCUCCUGCUAGGAAGUACAAUUGAUCAUUGUGCCGAUAAAGAACUUACGCAUGAAGAACUUGGAGAAAUUAUUUCCAAGUUGAAGGAGUCAGUGUAGUCAGAUAUUAGACAAGCAUCUGUCUAGAAUACACUUGGUUUAUUACUUAUUAGAACCGGCUGUCUACAGAGUGCUAUAUCGGUUUUAUCCUCUUUGUUGUCUAUUGCUCCUGACCACUUGGACUCCCUUGCAAAUCUUGGGAUUGCUUAUCUUCAAAGUGGUAGCUUGGAGUUGUCAAUGAAAUGUUUUCAAGAUUUGGUUCUAAAAGAUCAAAACCAUCCUGCGGCCCUAAUCAAUUACGCAUCUCUUCUUUUGUGUAAAUAUGGUUCAGUUGUUGCAGGUGCUGGGGCAAGUGCUGGUGAAGGAGCUUGUAUGCCUCAUGUUGCGGCUGCAAAUAUUGCAAAAGAGUGUUUGUUAGCUGUAGUCAGAUCAAAUCCUAGGGCUACACAUAUCUGGGCGAAUCUUGCUAAUGCAUACUAUUUGGCUGGUGAUCAUAGAAGUGCUGGAAAGUGUCUGGAGAAGGCAGCAAAACUGGAGCCUAAUUGCAUGUCAACUCGAUCUGCUGUUGUGCUUCAUCGUAUCAAGGAUGCAGAAAUGUCUCAAGAUCCCACUGAACAACUUUCAUGGGCUGCGAAUGAAAUGGCUUCAAUACUCAGAGAAGGGGACUCUGCAACAAUUGAGCUUCGGAUAGCAUGGGCAGGACUUGCCAUGGUUCACAAGGCUYARCAUGAAWYUGCAGCAAYGUUUGRAAYUGGACAUAAUGAUUUGACGGAAGUGGAAGAGCGAGCUCUGUACACACUAAAGCAGGCAAUAGAAGAGGAUCCAGAUGAUGCAGUUCAGUGACACUAGCUUGGCCUUCAC